UUAUGUCAAAGUUGUAUUCCUUUGCUUGCAUUGCGACAAGGAAACAUUGAUGUAUUUUAUAUUCGAAUAAGUGAAAGAACAUAAAUAAAUAUCAAAAAUGGAUUUCCAAAAUCGUCCAGGAGGCAAGACCGGUGGAGGAGGUGUUGCAUCCUGGUCAGAAAGUAAUCGAGAUAGGAGAGAACGUUUACGACAACUUGCACUAGAAACUAUUGACCUCAACAAGGAUCCAUAUUUUAUGAAAAAUCAUUUAGGCUCUUAUGAAUGUAAAUUAUGUUUAACUCUUCAUAAUAAUGAAGGUAGUUAUUUGGCUCAUACACAAGGUAAAAAGCAUCAAGCUAACCUAGCUAGAAGAGCUGCUAAAGAAGCAAAAGAAGCACCUCAAACACUUGCCCCUGAAAAACCUAGAGUAGAACCAAAAAAAUUUGUAAAAAUUGGAAGGCCUGGUUAUAGAGUAACUAAACAACGAGAUCCAGAAUCAGGACAACAAAGUUUAUUAUUCCAAGUUGACUAUCCAGAAGUUGCAGAUAAUGUUAUUCCAAGACAUAGAUUUAUGUCAGCAUAUGAACAAAGAGUUGAACCACCAGAUCGUAAAUGGCAGUACUUAUUGUUUGCUGCAGAGCCAUAUGAAACUAUAGCUUUCAAGGUACCUAGUAGAGAAGUUGAAAAAGCUGAAGGCAAGUUUUGGACACAUUGGAAUAAAGAUACAAAGCAAUUCUUUUUACAAUUUGCAUUUAAAAAUGAAAAGCCUUCAGUUGGCAAGGUACCACCACCUCCAGUUCCUUUAAUACGACCUGGUUUAGGACCACCUAUGGUACCAGUUCCACCACCACCAAGACCACCCAUGUUUAAUCCUGUACCACCACCCCCAGCACUUUUAGCCACAGGCAUGCAAAUACCUCCACCACCUCCACAUAUAGCAUAAUUUUUUAUUCAAGAAUAACAGAACAAAAUAAAACGAAAAAAAAAAUUCAAAACAGUGUCGAAAUAUAUAUUUUUUGUUUAAGUAAUUAAAAUGUAUGUUUUUCAAAAGUAAUGUGAAAAUGUAAUUUAUCAUAUAUCAUCCAUUCCUAUUAUAUUGUUGUACAUUUAUUAAUUACAAAAUUGAUUUAUUAAUGCUAAACAUUGUAAACAGUAUUUAAAAUUUGGAGUUUUUAUAUACGUAUAAUAUAAAAAAGAACAGAAUAUUAAAUAA